GUGGGAUCUCGGGCCGACUAACAAUGCCCCGGAUGAAGUGUCAAUAAAGUUGACUUUGACAGCGGCAGCAAGAUGGCGGCCUCCAUGUUGAAGGUUGCCAUGGGGAGCCGGGCCUUCAGCUCGGGCAUCGGGGAUGCUCUCUGGAAGCUAGGCCGUCUCAACCAUGUAGCGAUCGCGGUGCCGGGGGUGGAGAAGGCCCGCUGCUUUUACCGGGAUGUUUUAGGGGCCCAGGUGAGCGAGCCGGUGCCCUUGGCCGAGCACGGGGUCGUCACCGUUUUUGUGGAGCUGGGCAACACCAAGCUGGAGCUGCUGGAGCCGCUGGGCCCUGACAGCCCGAUCCGCGGCUUCUUGACUAAACACCGAGACGGCGGCCUGCACCACAUCUGCAUCGAGGUGGAUGGACUGUCUGCCGCCAUCCAGCGGCUCCGGGAGCUCCAUAUCCGCACCCUGAGUCCCGAGGCUCGGAUCGGAGCCCACGGCAAACCCGUCAUCUUCCUCCAUCCCAAAGACUGCGGCGGGGUCCUGGUGGAGCUGGAGGAGGCCUGAGGAGGACUGGUCUGGCAGUGAAAUAAAACCCUUUCCCCCUCCUUAGCCCAACCUCGGGACGACCUGAAACUGACCCAUCCUCGGGCUGAGGGCUGUGACCUUCUCUGUAAAGGCCACUGAGCAGCAGACAUCAACCGCGAGCGAUUUGUUCGGAUAAAUGAGACUAAUGAGGGACUUCGCCUGCGUCUUGUUUCUAAACUGCCUUCGACUAAAAACCGAAAUUAGUGACGGCCAGCCCCCGCUCGCCAAACCUCUAAAGGAUCAGAAGUUAAUGGUGCUGAGUGAAAGAAGGGGAGGAGGAUUGAGAUAUUUACUCCAUGUCCCCUGCUCACUUCCUUGUCCUUGGCCUCUACACUUAAACUUCAGAUACUAUUAAUUCCUUUCGGCAUUAUUGAAGGCUAGGGAUGGGUGAUAUUUGUGGCUAAGUUGAUUUAUUGUGUUCAGUUUCCCAUUCUUCUUCCUUGAGACGAUUUAAAUGUUAAAUCGACAUUCUAAAGUAACUUUAGGAUACUCCUCCCUAGAUACUUAUUUGUGAGGCUAAAUCAUGAUCUUGCUCUGCUGCCAGAUCACAAAUUCAAGUGAAAACAGCCCUUUGCCACAGUUUUGCUUAUUCAAGGUUUCAGCUCAGUUAGAAGUGAUUUUUGCCUCUGUGUCAAAGGCUUUUGUGUUCAAGCUUUGCACCAAGUCAUAAGCACAUAAUUAAGCCUGGGAGCUUCAGUGCAGUACUGGGGACUGCUGCUGCCUUUCAGGUAAACCAAGGUGGUUAUCUAUUUCAACAAUUGGAGGUAAAAUCAUCUUCUACUGUAGUGAGUUCUCAUAGAUGUACUGAGGCCAAUAUUUACCCAGCAACUGGCAACACUACAGCAGAUUAGGUGGUCAUUAUCUAGUUUUUGUUUUAGACAUCAGGCUGCAUACAGAUUUGGUGCUACAUGUCAUACAUUGCACCAGCAACUUCAAAAUAUAUAGCUGUGAUAUACUUUGGGAGGCCAUGAAUUCUCAAGCACUAUAGAAAUGCAGAAUGGCAGCCCAUCAUCUUCCCAUUUAAUUGAUUAUUAAAUGUAGCUGGUGUUCUGAACUCAGUGAUGCUCUGUCCUAUUCUAGCUCCAGCUGUCUGCUUGAUUUUACUUCCCAAGUCUCUCUAAUUUGGAGUAAGUGAAUCCCACCAGGAAUGUCUACCUGCAGCCUAAUCAGUGAUCGGUAUCAACAUAUUCUGUUCGUUUUGUUCUUCAUCUUUAAUUGUAAAUGUUUUUCCUCAAAUAUUCUCAAACGUUUUCCAAGUACUAAUGGGUCGUAAUGUUAAUUCCUGGUAAAAUUAACGUGAUUUUGUUGGA